ACCGCGGGGAGGCCCAGGGUGAGGGUCUGAGGGUGGUUUUUGGGCGUCUGGGAGGGCCUGGAGGUGACUGUGGUGCCGGGACUAUGGGGCAGCUGAGGGGGUUCCUGGUUAAAUAUGGGGUGAAAAGGACCCUCAGUGGGGGCUGGGACAGUUAGAGAUUGAGGGAGACCACAGAGGGGCUGCCUGGGGCUGAGGGGAGACCGUGUCAGUUUUUGGGGUCUGAAGGAGGGUUUGGAGUUCUGUGGGCCCAGAUGAGCUGAUGAAUAACCCGAGGGAUGAUUUGGGGAGUCUGGGGGUGCCAGAGCUGCCAUUCCCACAGGAAGCCGGACAUCCCGGUGCCAUACCUGUACGUGGACAUGGGCGUGGCCGUGCUCUGCGCCAGCUUCAUGUCCUUCGGGGUCAAGCGGCGCUGGUUCGCCCUGGGGGCCGCCCUCCAGCUGGCGGUGGCCACCUACGCCGCCCACGUCGGUGGCCACGUCCACUACGGCGACUGGCUGAAGGUGAGGAUGUACUCGCGCACCAUCGCCAUCAUCGGCGGGUUCCUGAUCCUGGCCAGUGGCGCCGGGGAGCUGUACCGGCAGAAACCGCGCAGCCGCUCGCUGCAGUCCACGGGACAGGUGUUCCUGGGCAUCUACCUCAUCUGCCAGGUGAGGGGACAGCUGGGGACAGCUGGGGACACACAGGGGGUGUGGCCAUCCCUGCAGUGCUGCACCGCGGGCUGGGGAUGCAAUUCCCUGGGUGUUCCCAGUGCCACCACUGCCACUGCUGCCACCACACUCUUGUCCCUGGGGGAGAAACCUUAG